AUGACGGAAUCUUUGAGCAAUUUCAUUGCCGAAGCGGGUGGUCAAGUUGUGAAACCCUUCAACUGCAGCUGCACCAAAAUCACUCAAUUUCAGGUGACUUUGGACUGCGAUGCACAUUAUACCUAUGACGAGGUCGAGUUCCUUGUCAACACUGAGCACAUGACUUGGAAUAAGCAUCCAGACACUGACUACUUCCUUCCAGAAAAGGUCCAGUUUACGGAUCAACUCCUUGAGGACAUUGGUACCGGUACGCCCUACAAUGAGACCUUUGAAAUUGGCUGCGGGCCAAAAAGAAGUGGUUUUCUGCAACAUUAA